UUUUUGCAGUUGACACGAUUUAAAAAAAGGUGUGAAACACCAAGACGCUGCCGGUUCCUGCCUCGCGUCCUUUCCCACAGUCUGUCUUUCUGCGCACUCUCUCAUCAGGGCUCCAUGGCACGCAAGGGUGACAGUGGUGCUCAUCUCCAAAGUUUCACGCUCAUGGAGCCGGAUAGUGAGAGCGCGCUGGUCCGGUCUAUCUACUACGGUAAAAUCGGUAAGGGGAAAACGGAAAGGUUGCUGGAGAGGCAUGGUAGAGAGGGGAGCUUUCUCCUGCGGGACAGUGAGAGUCUGCAGGGAAUGUAUUGCCUCUGCGUGAGAAAGACACCGUACAUCCACACUUACAGAAUACACCACUCCUCUGAAGGAUGGACACUUCAGUUAUCUCCUGGGCAGAUGCUGCAGUGUUUCGGGACUCUGGAGGAGCUGAUAAAGAGCUGCAGAGAGGGGGUCGGUGCUGACAGCAUACCUCCGCUCACACACCCCCUGGACAAAACACAGCUGAGAGACGAGAGGCUGCGGAGCGAGACGGCCUAUAUGGAAAUGUGAAGUGGGACGACUUGUACGUGUGUGUGUGUGUGUGUGUUGUUUGUGUGUUUGUGCGCACAUGUUUAUUCAAUUGAACCUUUAGGAGACAAUGCUUUUGUGGUUUACAAAAGUGCACCUGUUUAUAUCUGUUGUUCCACAACUAGGCAUGUGGUUUCCCAUGGAGGAAUGCUUUGACGUGUGUGUGUGUGUGUGUGUGUGUGUGUGUGUGUGUGUGUGUGUGUGUGUGUGUGUGUGUGUGUGUGUGUGUGUGUGUGUGUGUGUGUGUGUGUGUGUGUGUGUGUGUGUGUGUGUGUGUGUGUGUUUGUAUUUGUUUUGGUAUUAAAGGCAUAUUCCUUUCUU